UAACGCGCCGUAUGAGACAGUUACCGUUAAACUGUAGCCACGAGCACGAAGCUCAGAGAGCAAAGCUGAACCAGAAGAGAGACAGAGAGAACGCGAUGACGCCGAUGAGGAUGACAUACCGUACGGUCUUCAAGGUUUAUCAGAGCAAAAAUAGAGCUCCAUAUUUGUUUCAAUCGCGUUCAUACUCUCAGUCGCAGUGUCAAUCUAGGCCCGAACCCGAACGGUCUUCGUUUGGAAUUGCGUUUGACAUUGACGGGGUUAUUCUCCGUGGCCGUGUUCCCGUUGGAGGGUCUCCGCGAGCUUUAAGGAAGUUGUACGGAACAUCAGGUACUUUGAAGGCUCCUUUUCUGUUUUUGACCAAUGUCUCUGUUCCAAAGAGUUAGAUACAAAGUGGAAGAAUAAACUUUCUAAUAGGUACUAUGCGGUUGAAAUAGGAGGUGGCAUACCGGAAUCAAGACGAGCCGCUGAAUUAACUGAACUUUUGGGAGUUAACAUCUUGCCUUCUCAGCUCUCUUUUCUUUUUUUAUCGUGAUGCAGGUUGUACAAGGUCACACACCUUUUAAAAGUUUGUUGAGAAGAUAUGAGAAUGAACUCAUUAUUGCUCUUGGAAAAGGGGAACCGGCUCUUGUAAUGUCUGAUUAUGGUUUCAAAAAAGUUCUCUCAUUAGAUGAGUAUGCAUCCUACUUCAAGAAUAUUGAUCCUGUAUCUCAAUAUAAGCUGUGGAGAACUAAGCAGGCAUUGGAUUGCAGCCACCCCAAGGAGUCUGUGCCAAGAUAUGAUGUUUAUUCUGACAGGGUUAGUGCAGCUUUUGUUGUCAGCGACCCUGUAGAUUGGGGCAGGGACAUUCAGGUUCUCUGUGACAUACUAAGAUCUGGAGGGUUUCCUGGACAAGAGAACGGGCACCAACCACCUCUAUAUUUUGCCGCAGAUGAUCUUGAGUAUCAGGCUGCAUUUCCUUCUGAGCGACUCGGAAUGGGUGCUUUCAGAAUUGCACUUGAAAGCAUCUUCAACACGAUUCACCAUGAUGCUUUGGAAUAUGUCUCUUUUGGAAAGCCAAAUCCGUUUGUGUUUAAGAACACUGAAGCUAUAUUGACACAGCUUCAACCAUCUCAUUGUCAUAAUGAUACAACAAAUACGGGAAACUCUCAGUCGCAUGCUUUCAAAACCCUUUACAUGAUUGGUGACAACCCUUCAGUUGAUGUCAAAGGUGCUCAACAGGCUGGACAUCCUUGGUUUUCUAUUUUGACGAGGACAGGUGUUUUUAAGGGGAAAGAUAAUCAUGCAGAGUUUCCAGCAGAUCUGGUUGUGGAUACCGUAGAAGAGGCAGUGGACUACAUUCUGAAGAGAGAAGGAACUUCUUAGCUCAGAAAAAA